AUGGGAGAAAGCCAACCAGAAGCCUCAAAUCUUCCAUCAAAAGUCUGGCAUUCUGAGGUGACAGUGUCAGUGAUAGGCGAGCCACCCAGUGCUGUAGAAGAAAAAGAAACGGCUGAAGAAACAGACAGGGAAGUCAUCCCAGAAAUCAUAGAGCCACUCUCCAUUCUAGAUGUGCUGAGGAUCUCCACAGUUCUGGAAGAUACCACGGACCAGCUCUCUAUUCUAAACUAUAUCAUGCCAGUUCAAUAUGGAAGGAGACAAAGUGUCAGCAUGAAGAAAAACAAGAGCUUAGAAAAACUUUCAGAGGCCUCAAGAACCUCAAAAAUAUCCAGUCCAUUCUUACCUAAAGAAGAAACCAAGUUGCCAGGAAUCCAAAAAGGAAGCCAAUUUACCAAUGAGUUUAACAAAAUGCAAGAUCUUGUCUUCAAAAAACCUACAAGACAGACCAUAAUGUCCACGGAGAUAAUGAAGAAAAUUCAGACUGAUAGGCAAUUUUUCAGUGAUAUAAUUACAGAUACCAUGCAGGAGUUGGAAGAGUCAGGCACUUUCACCAGUCUCCUGAAAGCCCUGGGCAAAGAGAGGGAAAACAAAAUGCAUUUUUAUGAUAUCAUUGCCAGGGAGGAAAAAGGGAAAAAACAGAUAAGAUCUCUUCAAAAGCAGCUGCUUAAUGUCAAAAGAGAACGGCAAGCUGAAGUACAGAGUCGGAAUGAAUAUAUUGCUCACCUCAAGGACCAGUUGCAAGAGAUGAAGGCAAAAACCAACAUGGAAAAUCGCUACAUGAAGAAAAACACUGAGCUGCAGAUCUCCCAGACCCAGAAGAAAUGUAACAGAACUGAGGAGCUCUUGCUGGAAGAGAUAGGGAAGCUGAGGUUGAAAACUGAAGAAGAGAACAGGAUUCAUAUGGAGAUUGAAAUGUUCCUUAGAAAGGAGCAGCAGAAACUUGAGGAAAAGCUAGAGUUCUGGAUGGAGAAAUUUGAUAAGGACACAGAAAUGAAACAGAAUGAACUAAAUGCUCUCAAAGCUGCUAAGGCCAGUGACUUAGCACACCUUCAAGAACUCGCGAAGACGAUAAGGGAGUAUGAACAGGUCAUCAUUGAAGAUCGUUUAGAAAGGGAGAAGACCAGGAAAAAGAUAGAACAGGAUGACUUGGAAUUAAAGAGCAUCCUAAAGCUCCAGGCCUGGUGCCGAGGCAUUAGGGUACGGAGGGAAAUCGGUGGUUUCAGACUGCCGAGGAAGGACAAAGAUGAUGGCCAGGAUUCUAAAGGUAAAGGCAAAGACAAGGACAAGCGGAAAGGCAAGAACAAGUGA